AUGGAAAGAGAGGAGCAUUUAGCACUAGAAGAAAGCGUUGAUUUAAGCAAGCAUCCUUCUGGCCUAAUUCCUACCAUUCAAAAUAUAGUAGCUACAGUUAAUCUCUGCUGUCGCUUAGACUUAAAAGCUAUAGCUUUAGGUGCUAGAAAUGCCGAAUAUAAUCCUAAACGGUUUGCAGCAGUUAUUAUAAGGAUAAGAAAGCCCAGAACUACUGCUCUUAUCUUUGCUUCGGGUAAAAUGGUAGUAACUGGAGCUAAGUCUGAAGAAGACUCUAAAAUGGCUGCUAAAAAGUACAGUAUAAUUAUUAGAAGACUGGGGUAUCCAGUUCGUUUUACUGAGUUUAAGAUUCAAAAUAUAGUUAGUAGUUGUGAUACGAGAUUUAGUAUUAGAUUAGAAGGUUUAGUAUUUGGACAUAGUAAUUAUAGUAGUUAUGAACCGGAGUUAUUUCCUGGGUUGAUUUAUAGGAUGGUUAAGCCUAAGAUUGUUUUGUUAGUCUUUGUAUCUGGUAAGGUUGUUUUGACUGGAGCUAAACAUCGCGAGGAGAUAUACCAGGCCUUUGAGAAUAUUUAUCCAGUGCUUAAACAGUACCGGAAGGCCUAG